AUGAGUUACGACUAUCCAGAGCCACUCGUCAUCCAGCCGCGGGACUCCCAUCGAUGCACCAUAAUCCUCCUUCAUGGCCGGGGUUCCAACGCUGCUAAAUUCGGCCCUAUUCUCUUAUCAUCCUCGGCUUCUCACCUCGACCAGGUCAACCAGGCCGACAAAGAUGCUGAGCACACCCUUGCAUCUGCCUUCACCCAUGCUAAAUUUAUCUUCCCAACUGCACCUAGACGUCGUGCCAUCGCCUACAACCGCAGUGUUAUCAACCAGUGGUUUGAUAACUGGCCACUCAGCACAGAUACCGUCCCUUCUAAAACACUACGGGAGAAGCAGGAUCGCGAAUACCACCAGGCGGAUAGUCUACGAGCGACAACCAUCUUUCUCCACAAGCUAUUGAGAGAAGAAAUUUCCUUACUUGGAGGCGAUGCAAAACGUGUUAUUCUCGGAGGUCUGAGUCAAGGGUGUGCCGCUUCUCUCGUGGCACUGCUCCUAUGGGAUGGGGAGUCGUUAGGUGCUGCUAUUGGUAUGUGCGGCUGGCUGCCAUUUCGGCAUCAGAUGGAGGAUCUUGUGCAAGGAGUGGAUACAGCAGAGGAUGAUGAUGAUAAUCCUUUUAUAGAAGAGACGGAGGAUGAAGUUGAAAUAUCCCUGCCGGUGCGAGCUGUCAUGUCCUUGGCAGAGGAUCUUGGAAUGAGUUUAUCAGAGCCUCCGUCUCAUGAGCCGCCAUUUCAACAAACUCCAUUGUUCCUUGCUCACGGAACUGAGGACGAAAAAGUUCCCGUUGACUGUGGGAGAGAGGCUAGGAGGUGUCUCUCCAUGAUCGGAGUGGAUGUUACCUGGGCUGAAUACGCUGGUCUUGGACAUUGGUACUCGAAAGAAAUGCUAGGGGAUUUGGUUGCCUUUAUAAUGAAUAAUGAGGUAGAGGUGGAAUGA